AAAGUUUUACCGGCUCAUAUAAAUUUAAACCUUAAUAUUUAUGAAUUUUACUCCCAGAAAAGGCCACUUAACAGACGCCUAAGAGUAAAAGUGAAGUGUGGGCUCUCUUCUGGGUACUUCUCUCUUUGUCGUCGACGUAUUAUAACAUCGACACAAUCAGGAAGUCCGGCCGUUUUUCCGUGAUUGACAUAGAAAACUUUGUAGAAAGGGAAUAGGCUGUCUUUUAACGAUUAAUCAUGCGGUUUCACGUCAUUUAAGCCUCGUCGAGCGUUUAUUGAUGUAGUUUACCGCACGAUUUUAAACGUGUAACUCUAUUUAAGUCGACGUUGUUGAACCGGAACACCUGGAUUUUGAUUUAAGAGAGAGAUGGAUGUUCCCCACCUCACUGAAGAUGAAAUGGCAGAGAUUAAGAAAGACGUGCUGACCAGACUGCGUCACUAUCUCUGUGACAAGAUCAGAGCAGACCGCCACCUGGACUACCUGCGUUCCCGGAGGAUCCUGACACGGGACGAUGCGGAGGAGAUCAGCUGCAGGAGCACACAGACCAAGAGGACUGCAACGCUGCUGGACAUGCUGGCCGAGAACCCUCGAGGUCUGGAUGCGCUGAUUGAUUCCAUUCGGCAGCUGCGCUCGCAAAACUUCAUCAUUGCCAAAAUCACGGACGAAGUGCAAAAAGCCAAGAAUGAGAAGAUCGAGUCUCUCAGAGUGGCUUCCAGUUCAUCCUCCGACAGCAGCUUCAGCACCCUGACUACAACAGCUGACCUCCCCAACGCCUUUUCAAACAACUCCACCCUCCUGUUCCACCCAGACGGCGAGCGAAGCCCUGCCACCUCAGACCUAGCCAGCUCUCUCAAUUUGCCUUCGUUACAGAAGUGCGGAGACCUGCCUCCUGUGGCCGGGGCCAGCCUCAGUGCGGCCCCGUCCUCGACCUCCUCCAGCCUCCCCAAGCCAGGCGACCCAGGAGCCCCUCCACUGCCAGAAGAGGUUGCGGCGGAGUCGCCCUCCCACUUAGACGCCACUUCUCCAGGUUCCUCCAGCAGCGGAGACCCUAAUUUCCAACCUCUGCGGUCGCGCUCGCUCACUCCAACAUCACACAGGAGCAUCUUUUGAAUGUAUUUCUCAGUGUGACACUCCCCCAUCCAGAGACAGACCAUUUCACUCAGUAAACAUUCUAAUUAUCACUCCUGCCUUCAGUUUUAUAGAACAUCAAGUACAUCAAACUACAUUUUACCACUAGGCAUGGGCCGCUGUGAGGUUCUGAAACCAAUAAAACGGUGAUUUUAUAACAUGAUACAAAUGCUUUGGUGUAGAAGAAAGCAGACAUUAUUUCAUAUGCUGCUGAAACAAUGUAACAUAUUGAUGUUUUCUUUGUUAUUGUGAGUGUGAUACAUAUUAAUAUUCUUAAAUACAAAUAUAGUAUGAAAUCCUGCUACAUUUAUCUCUACAUAGUUUUUAAGUGCUUUUUGAGGUGCACUGUUCUCACUCAUUACCCACUUUGGCAUCUAUUUCAAGUGGGAUUAUGUAAAAGCUGUCAGUGUUGUUAUUUCCUGUGAACAGCCUUCCGUCAGCCAGCUUACAGGCAGUGUGCAGGGACGGGUUGGGGUGAGGUAACGUGGCUGUCAAACUCCUGCUGCUCCAACCCUUCAGCUGGUGUUUGAUUAAAAGAUUCCUGAGCUGAUAGAGCAGUGUGAUGGGAAAUGAAGAAACAUACCUUUUUAAAGUCUCGCCAUACCCUGACAGGGCCUUUUGAGUUUCUACACCAGGCAGGGUUCCUACAGAGGCUGGAGGAAAAAUGCAACUCCCAGGAUUUGACAAGUCUGAACAAGUAUGAAAAUUAAACAUAUUGGUAUCUUCCUGCUAAGGUUCCCACACUGCUGUUUAAAUUUGUCUUUCUGACCUUCAUACAUAGUACUUUUACUUAAAAUUGCUCCCUUCCUUAUAUCCUGCCUUCAAUCCUUGUGCCCUACAUCUUCACCGUUUAUCCCUACCUCCUUUUAACCAUUCCUUCCUUGCAUCCUUGUGACCUCAUUUAUUCCAUCUUCUUCCCUUCUCUUCCUCCUUGUAUCCUUUCUGUCUUAUUCCAUUAAUUUCCUCCUUGGGUCGUUUCUCCCUAACUCCCUGAAAUAAUUACAUCGUCUCUUCCUGGUGCCUUCAUUACUUGCUUUACUCUGCCACAAAAAAAAAAAAAAUCCUAACUCUAAUCUUUCCUUAAUUCCUGAGAAAAGAAAAAUCUUUAGUAGGAGGGUAGGAGUGGCAUGUUCACUUUUCCAAAUAUCAACAGGCUGUUAUGUCAGCUUCCAGCCCAUGCCCAAACUCCCGUCAAUGAAGGUAUUUUCAAUAUUUGUCCAUUUCCUGUUCUGACUCCACCUUGAUGACCUGCUACGAUCUUUUUAAGGCCCAAACUGUAGUUAUUUUAUUAUAUUUAAAUGUGUUUAUGUGCAAAGCUGGUUCCUCAUUAAGAGAAAGUGUUUUACUGAAAAAUAAGAAUUACAUUUUCAACCAGAGAUUAUCCUAAUAGUUGGCGCACGACUUGAUUACAAACAUUUAUUUCUCACUAGUCACAGUUCACACCAUUUCCAGACUGAAUUGUAUAGAGGCUCAGAAAUUCUGAGUCACCAUCAAAAGCCUUUUCUCCUUUUUCUCUUUUUUUUUCUCAGAUUAAAUUUUUUGGGUGUGAAAAGAUGGCAGCUGCAGUUUAAUUAGAUGUUUCCUGUUGUUUCUAUGCAUUGUUGUAAGGGAACAGGGAUUCACACCACAUGAACUUCACUACAAGCCUGCAUAAAACACAAUGUGAAUAAAAGCAUCCUGCUGUUUUUCAUUUUA